AUUGCUUGGUUGAUUGCUGUUUGCUCUCAAUUGCUUCUGCUCCUCACUGUCUGUAGGAGGCCGAGUCGAGUCUCAUCCCUCGGAGCGCUUUGCUGCUAACAACUGUCGUGGUCCAGGAUGUUGCAGGUUGCAGUGAUGUGGCGCGCAUGUGCGGAGUGUCGCGGCUCCAGAGCUGACCCUCUGUCUCAGUCUGACGCUGACACCGACAUGGGACAGGAGGAGCUGCCGAGGGUGUCAGCCCGCAACCAUCUUCUGGUCCAUCAAGGCUACAUCACAACCACUUCCUUCCUCCCAACCCUCAGUACAUCAAUCAGCAGCCACCAUGGCGGGUUUCAUCAGGUUGCACGCAUGAUGGACUCUCUCAUUCUAGAUUCAUUCUCUCCAUUUACCUUCACCAAGAUAACCACCCACAGACCCCGAGGUUCCAGAGUCUGUAGGCACUCCGCUGCCCCUCCGCCUGAACCACAGCCUAAACCUCAACAGACUGGAAAUAAUUCAAGAUCCAAUGAAGAGGUUAGAAAACCAUGUACUUCGUCUCCUGAUGCUACUGCAGACAGAUGGGUAGCUUCAUUGCGACGACGAGACCCUGAGAUACAGCCAACCCUGCCUUCCAUCAAUCGCACUGGACGUACAAAUAACAAAGACGUCAAUAUGCGACGGCCAAGAACUGAUUUUGGUGGAAAAGAAAGAAGACUUAACCUUCGGCCCAUGGUUAAAAAACUGUUGACAGCAACUGAUGAGAAUGAGGAGGAAAAGAAUGACAAGGAAGAUGAUAACGAGAGAGAGGAGAGACUAUUCAAUCCUGCAGGCUACGAGCCACAUCUUGUAGAGAUUUUGGAAAAAGACAUUCUUCAGCGUAAUCCAGACAUACAGUGGGACAAAGUUGCAGGUCUACAGGAAGCCAAAUCUGUUCUACAAGAAGCAAUGGUUCUACCAAUGUUAAUGCCCGACUAUUUUAAGGGUAUACGACGGCCAUGGAAGGGAGUUCUGAUGGUAGGACCGCCUGGUACUGGCAAAACAAUGUUGGCCAAAGCUGUUGCUACCGAGUGUGGCACAACAUUCUUCAAUGUGUCUUCUUCUACAUUGACUUCCAAGUAUCGAGGAGAAUCAGAAAAACUAGUCCGUCUUUUAUUUGAAAUGGCAAGGUUUUAUGCACCCAGUACGAUAUUCAUUGAUGAAGUGGACUCUCUUUGCUCAACAAGGGGGAGUGAUUCUGAACAUGAAGCAUCAAGAAGAUUUAAAGCAGAGCUGUUAAUUCAAAUGGAUGGCUUGAACAAUGCCAGUACUGGUGAAGAUAAAUCCAUACUGGUCUUAGCCGCUACAAACCAUCCUUGGGAUAUAGAUGACGCCUUCCGUCGACGAUUUGAGAAGAGAGUUUAUAUACCACUACCUAAUAGUGCAACCAGAACAGCACUGUUAAACUUGUGCAUGGAGGGAAUAAAAAUUGAUCCAAGUGUCAGUAUUAAGUCAUUAGCUGAGAAGUUGGAGGGUUACACUGGGUCCGACAUAACCAAUGUAUGCCGGGAUGCAGCAAUGAUGUGUAUGAGAAGAAAAAUAAGUGGAAGAUCUCCAGCUGAAAUAAAAAAGAUGAAAAAAUCAGAUGUAGACUUACCAGUGACUUCAAGAGACUUUGCAGAAGCAGUUGAAAAGUGUAAAAAGAGUGUCAGUGUAAGUGAUGUGGCACGUUACCAGAACUGGGUGGAAGAAUAUGGGUCCUGCUGAAAGUGGUUUUUUCCUUGAAUGAAAUAGUACUCAUUUCAUUACAGAAAUUCUAAAAUCACUGAACUACUAUAGAAUUUGAAGUGUUAUUUAUAAAAAUGGGUAAUUUUUUAUUUAUGAGAGCAAUGAACUUUGGUCAGCUUUAUUUAAUACGCAAAAAUCCUAAAGUUGUGCACUUCAGGGAUUGCAAAGGAAUUUUCAAAUUACUGCAUGUUUCAGCUUUGAAAGUGUAUUGUUGUUGUUGGAAGAAAAAUUUUGUUGAAUAAAUAUUUGUCCAGUAUAA